AUGUAUGAGCAGCAGCAGCAUUUCGUUGAUUUGCAAAGCGAUUCUGGGUUUGGGGAUGGCUCGUGGCUCGCCGGUGAUGACGAUCUCCGACUGUCUCCUCACCAAUCUGCCUCCGCUACGAACUCCGGCAACGAGAAUCUAGAUCGGCGUCUUUUAAAGGAUCUCGUCGAGAUGGUUCCCCUCAUCGAGCAUUAUAUGGAACACAAAGAAAGGAGUUCGUUUAAGCGGCGUGGUUCCAUGAUCUACACUAAGAUGCCUUCCAGAGAAUCCUUGUCCAGAAGGCUUGGCUUAAUGGUUUGGGAAGAUGGUGAAGCCGCCAAGGCUCUGGCUGGUGCUGAAAAGGAAGAACUAACCAAACUUAGAGAGCAAGUGAAUGACUUGCAGACAAAAUUAUCAGAGAAAGAAGAGGUUUUAAAGUCGGUGGAUAUAUCAAAGAACCAGGUGAACGAGAUACAGGGAAAGCUUGAAGAAACAAAACGCUUGGUUGCUGAAAAGGAUAUGUUGAUCAAGUCUAUACAGUUACUGUUAUCAGACACAAAGGUCAAACUUGCAGACAAGCAAGCCGCUCUUGAGAAGACUCAAUGGGAAGCAAAGACAACAGGAGCGAGAGCAAUCAAGCUUCAAGAACAGCUAGAUGCUGUUGAAGGAGAAAUCUCUUCAUUCACACGGGUAUUUGAAACUUUGGCGAAAACAGAAUCCAAGAAACUCGACAGGGAUUAUGAUGCAACCCCAUACGAAUUUGAUCAUCUUCCAUAUCUCGACGAUGUAGAUGAAAGUGACCUGAGGAAAAUGGAAGAAGCAAGAUUAGCUUAUGUUGCAGCGGUGACUACCGCAAAGGAACGAGAAGAUGAAGAAUCUCUAGCCAUGGCUGCUAAAGCUCGAGCCUACUUGCAAUCACUAGCCUUUAAAUACUAA